AGAUUAGGCCUCUGAUCUUCCUGAAACAGGUAAGACCCGCUGUGUGUGUCUGCUUUUCACUGGUUUUGUAGGACAGUCCACAUCAUCGAGAUUCAGAAUCCUGUGGUAUACAAGUAUUAAUGUGACAUAUGGACAAGGACUGUGUAAACCAUACUGAAUAUUUCACAUGUGACCUUUUUAUGAAACAGGUUUCUCUCUGCAGCUGGAAACGGUCUGGACCGACUGACUGCACAAUGGCCAGACUGCUCACAGCCUUGGGUAUUCUGUUCACACUGCACUUGGCUUCCUCCACCAAGUUGGUGUGUCACAUGACAAACUGGGCUCAGUACAGACAGAGCUCUGCCCAAUUCAAGCCGGAAAACAUCGACCCGUUCCUCUUCACCCACAUCAUCUACGCCCUGGCCUCCAUCGACAACUUCAACCAGAUACGUCCCAUCGAGUGGAACGAUGAGUAGAUGUAUGAGAAAGUCAACAGUCUGAAGAGAGUGUGAGUUCAAAAACACACAUGACUUUUACUGCAUGACACAGUAGUAGGAGAAGUAGUAGUAGUAUUAGCUCUGGGCUCAGAGAACUGGGGCUUUUCCCUAUCGCUUAAAGCUGAUGAUGUUUACGUGGAUGUGAGCACCACCUGAUCUGGGUGGUGUAACAGGCUAUCACACACGUCCAGACGUGGAGCCUGGAGCCUGGUCAUUUAAAACCAGGUGUACUGUGAUGGACAGCAGAUACUUCUAAGAACUGUUAAUGCUUCAACCUGGAGGUGUGGCCUUUAUUAGUCCCACACUUGGGAAAUUCCUGCGUCCACAGCAGGUCUGCUGCGACAGGCAUGUUAAUCAUGUAACAGUAUUGUGUGUUUACUAUGCUGACAGUUCUCCUACAGUUAAAUCCUUUAUCGCAAUAUAUAUGUCGUGUUGUUGCCUCUGUAUCGUGAUACGUAUGGUAUCGCCAGGUUCUUGCCAAUUCACAACCUUAAUAAAUGGUCUCUGUUUCAUUGUUCAGCAACCCAGAACUGAGGACUCUGUUGUCAGUGGGGGGGACAGUGAAUGGACUGAGUCCGUGAGUUCAUAUUUACCACAUACAAUACAUGCAUGUAUUUUAUAUCAAUGCUAUUGAGUACUUUUUACUAAAUUUUGCAAAGAAAAAGUUUAAAUGUGUGAUGUUCCUGCACAGUAAAAAACGUUGUUCUAAUCACCAUCCCCCCCACCCCUGGCUUUGACCUUCACCUUGUCUCUGCCCUGGUACA